CUGAAAAAGAGCACUUGAGUGCACUUGAGUGCACCUUCCGUAAGAUAAUAGAAAUAUACGAAUAAUGUUUAGCGCAGUGGUGUCUCGCUGAAUCAAAAAUUGCUUAAGGCUCAGCACUGCACAAGGCACCAUGCCGCAGCAGUCCCUGCUGAAGCGCGGCAUAAAAUUCACGCCGCUGCUGGUCAUUCUCUGGGCGACGGUCUGGGUCGUGGCGCCGCGGUGGGGCGCCGCGACGAUCAAGCGGCCGCGGUCGACCUACGACGUCCGGUGGCAGGUCGUCGGCGGCGCGCGCACGACGCACCGCUUCUUCGACUCCAGCGCCAUCUCGCCGUCGGGCCGCUACGUCUGCGCGACGCGGACGCGCCGCGAGGGCCCCGCGGACGUAACGCCGGGCGACGUGGCGGAGGUCGUCGUCUACGACCUCCAGAAGAAGCGCAAGGACCGCUUUCCGGUCGCGUACCGGCGGCCGACGGCUGCCUGGGACGCGCAGCUCGGCGCGCAAGUCCAGUGGGGCGCGUCCGACGACGAGCUCUACUUCAACGACGUCGUCGGGACGCGCGGCGACGGCGCGCCCAUCGUCCGGGGCGUCCGCAGCGACUGGCAGCGCGGGAGGGAAACGAGGCUGCCGACGCCCGUCUACCACGUGACCCGAGACGGCGCCCGGGCGGCCGCGCCGCGGGACCUGGCGGCACUAAGAAUGACGCAAGAUGGCUACGGCGUCGUCGUCACACCCCGUGUGGAAAUCAAACAGUGAUUUGGGUUACGCUAUCGAGCAGACGCAGGAAUGGAGGCAACCUCGCGUCGAUGGCGUGGGGCGCCCAAAAUUUGAUUCCACACAGGUCACGCCCGAACAGCUCCGCCAUCUAGAAAGUCAGAAGGACGGCGUCCACGUCCUCGACCUGAGGACGAACGCCACGGCCUUCCUCGAGCUCAGCGCCCUCGUCGCCGCCGCCGAGCUGGAUUCGCGGCCUCGCGCCGUCGCCGGCGGCGACGCGCGAAAAGGAGCCGAGUGCCACCGGCACGUCUUCCACGUGAAGUGGAACGCAAAGGGGACGCGGCUCCUGGUCGUCGUGCGCGCCCGCGGGCAAGGGUGUCCCCGGGGCGACGCGAACCACGCGCUGACGGUGAACCCGGACGGCGCGGACGUGCGCGUCGUCGCGACGUGGCUCCGCGACGGGAACCACCCGAACUGGCUCGAGGACGGGCGGCUGUCGAUGAACUACGAAGGCAAGGUCUGCGCGUUCGACGACGUCGAGGGCGGGUCGUGCCAGGUGCUCUCGGAGCGGGCCUCGGGGCACCCCGUCGGCGUUCCCGGCCGCGGCGACCUUGUCGUGACGGAUACCUAUGCGAAGGAACACGCGGCCUUCGGCCUCGAGGCGGGCGAGGCGGCGUUGCGCGUCCUUUCUGGCGGUGAUCGGGAGGCGUGGCUUGGCGUCUUUCCUGUGGCCGCUUUCGGCACGAUGCCCACCGACGUGUGGCGCUGCGACGCGCACCCGGCUUUUGAUGUGAAAGGGAGGCGCCUCGCCCUCAACGUCUGGGUGCGCGGCUCGAGGCGCGUCGCUAUUACCGACGAGAUCGACUGGGACGCGUUGCUGAAGCGGCGGGAUUUGUGGUUUUCCUAGUUCUGGCUCGUCGCGUUCGACAUGGCUGUGUUUUUGUUUAACCUUAAGUUACUAGUA